UGAGCAUACAUGACCCAAGUUUUCUUACAUAAAAAAGGUUCUUGUAAUUCUCCUGCGUACAAUACUUAUAUAUACAUAUGCAAGUGUAGGCAUAGGAUGGUUCCAAAAACUAUAGGGAAUGUGAUGUUCACGUGAACUCAUUGAAAAGUGGUAGAAAUUAAAGUAUUUGGUUCUAAAGUACGACUGAGUGCUAAGUGAGUGAAAGCAAGUCGAAAAGUCAGAGAAUAAUACAGGAAACCCCGAAAUCCACUUCGGGACACCACUUAUACUACUCCCAAAAAACUCAGUCUCACUUUCUCCACCGGCAAAAGUCGGAGAAAGUCGAAGGAAGACCAUCCCUAACCACCCUCGCUGCGUAACAACCAUUACCACCAAAAAUUACCCCUUUGCGUACGUCCAUAAAUUUCAAGAAUUAACUGGAUUCCUCUUUCUGAAGUUACACACAUACUUGAUUUCUGAUAAGCGUUAGGGUCAAAAAUGUGUCUAUUGAAACAAAAAUGACGUCGUAACUGGGAGAGGACCCAUUUUAUUUUAGAGUCUGUGUCACGGUCAGCCACUCCACUCCUUCCAGUCAAUCGGUGCAUUUGUCCCGAUUUAGUCAAUUUGUUCGCAACACUUAUUCCUGUCCUGUUGGUAAUGCAAAUUAGCCCUCAGAUUUUCUUCUUGUUGGACUCUGUCCUUCUAUGCAGGCAUCAACCUUCUAGUGCUUAAAUAUACAAUUUUCUGGGCGUAUUACGGUUCAUCUGCUGGGACAUCCUUGACUGCAUUGCGACAGAUUUGCGUGGUUUCCGGGAUCGGUUAAUUAUAAAAACCUAACAACCUCUUUUAACAACCUGCAAACAUCUUUACAUCAUGUUGAACUCCAUCAAAGGGCAUAUGCCCAACAUUCCCAGUAUUCCGAGCAUCCCGUCUAUGCCCAAAGGCCUACCCAGUAUCCCGACGAAAGCUGACUUCAUGGGACCGGUAGAUCGUGACAAGUGUACGUUCUGCCGCAUCUUCGAUGGCAAGGAGAGCAAUCCUAUUAUAUUCCAGGAUGAAGAGAUUGUAGUUUUUGAGGACAUCAAGCCAGCAACAAAACACCACUUUCUCGUGGUUACCAAUGAGCAUAUUCGAGAUGCCAAAGCGAUGGUAUCAUCGCAAAUUCGGAUUUUGGACCGAAUGAUUGAAGUUGCUAAUCAGGUUUUAGCAGAAAAGUUAAAUCAAGAUGCAGGAAUUGGCGAUCCAACUCAAGUGCAGCGACUUUUGGGAUUUCAUUGGCCUCCAUUUCACAUGGUAAAUCAUCUUCAUCUUCAUGUCUUAGCUCCUGCAGAUCAAAUGGGAUUUUUUGCCAGGAAUAUGUUUCGGCCUAACAGCAUGUGGUUUGUUAGCCCGGAUUAUGUUCGGGACCGAUUAAUGCAGAUGAAGAGCACUGAGGAGGCAGGUGCAGGAAAUGCGAUAAACUCGCAACCAGAUCAGUAGAUGCUCUAACUGGUCUGUGAUAUUAAGUAAAAUAAUAUGGUCUCCAGUUCCAUGUAGAAUGUACAGUUCCAAAAAGUUUUCUCGAUGUUGUACCGUAUCAAAAAAACUUAGUCAUUCAUCUUGCAUGCCGUGCGUGAUAUGAUGUCAAUUAUACAAUCACACCUUGAAAUCAAUCAAGUCAAAUAAUUAUAAGAGUUUAUGAGCAAAACCCAAAAAAAUGUAUGUCGUUAUAUUAUACUAAUCCACUGUGGAAUGGACUCCAAUAUGACGUCAGGAAGAGUUGGUCAGAGUGUCAGAAAACGGUAACCACACAUUUAAGAUGGUAUUACAAUACGUGGCGUCGCCUAUAAAAUAUCACUCAUGGCCGGAGGAAGAAAAACCCAACACACACACACACCCCUUGGUCGUCGAUAUGUUAUUAUAUACGUUCCCUUCGUCACCUUCCUUAUCCUUCACCUUAUCAUCACUACCCCUCAGUCAGUAUCUCUCAUCAUCAAAAGUACCUAGACAAAGGAAACUAUGUGACUUGGUGACAAAUAAUUUUGUGUGCCGAGAAUUGUCAUCAGCAAUAAUUAUUUGAUGUUCAUAAAAGAUUAUAUUGUUGUGCGCAUAUGAACUAUUGUACUUAAUCAUCAUCAUAUUUACACAUAGCGUUAUCUAUUUUUUACAUUAUAACCAGUGUCUUUUGUAAGAUUUAAAAUUAUUUGUCACGUGUUCGGGUUAAAGUUAAAUGCGAAAUUAAGUCAGUGUGCAAAAAUAAAUUUAUGAAUAAAGAUAUAAACGGUUGUCUGUGGAA